AUGCUGCCCACUUCACUCAUCAUCCUCGCUGCGUUGGCCAGCCCCGCACUCGCUGGCGUCCAGGAAAUAUGGUGGAACCUCACCUAUGUCCAGAACGCGAACCCAGACGGCCUCUUUCCACAACGCGUCGUCAGCGUUAAUGGCUCUUGGCCCCACUCGCUAUUGGUCCAUGUUACAAAUUCUCUCUCGGACCCUGCCACCUUGCAUCACCAUGGCAUGUUUUUCAAGACUACGUCCUGGAUGGACGGUGCCCAAGGCAUCAUGGUAUACUUACCCCCUGGUGGUACCUUUGAUUACAUCGUCCCCGUUAACACCUCCGGCCAAUGGGGCACCUACUGGAUGCACGGCCACUCAUCUGGCCAAUACGUCGACGGUCUGCGAGCACCUCUGGUCCUUCACCCUCCAAAAAAAGUCGCAGCAUACGACGAAGAAUUCACCAAGAUUCUUGGGGACUGGUAUCACGAAGAACAUGCCGUCUUGCUGGAGGAGUUCAUCAACAUUGCCAAUCCUGGAGGUGCCGGGCCCGUCCCUGAAUCUGGAUUGAUGUACUUUGCCCAAAACUCCACCUACCUCGGGCCUAUUGCUGGCUCAAAUCCAGCACCUGUCACAAAUGCGGUCGGUUUCAACGAGAACGCCACCCUGCCUUUCCAACCAGGAAAGACAUACCGCUUGCGCAUCGUCAACACGGCUGCGUUCGCCAUGAUCUACUUCUGGAUCGACGGACAUGAUAUGCGUAUCAUCGAAGUCGAUGGCACGGACGUGGAAGAGUAUCCGAUAGACUUGAUCGCCCUCACUGUUGCACAGCGGUACUCGAUCCUCGUCACAGCGCGCAACGAUACUUCCUCCAACUGGGCUAUCCACGCCAACAUGGACACAGACAUGUUCGACAUCCUUCCUGACCUCCUUGCAGACGUCACAUCCUCCAUCACUUACAACGCCUCCGCGCCCUUGACCGAUAACGGGUUCGUGGAUGAGUACCACGACGUGAACGAUACAGCCCUCGUCCCCGUCAUCGUCGUGGCCCAGCCCGCCGCGACCAAGACGAUCGAGCUCGAAGUCUCCUUCGACACCGUGGACGACGGCACCAACAGGGAAAUGUUCAACGGAAUCACGCAUAACAAUCCCCUCGUCCCUGCUGUCUUGUCUGACCUCACACUUGACGAGAACGCGACGGUUCCAGGGGCUUAUGGACCUACGAGCUUCAUCGAUAUCGUGAUUAAGAAUGGAGAUGCCGGAAAACAUCCUUUCCCUUUGCACGGACAUAAACCCAUGCUUGUUGGCCGCGCGACGGACUAUACUUCCUCUGACCCUACGCUGAACCCGCCCAUUAUAGAAGGGCAGGCGAACCCCAUCCGCAGGGACGUGGUGGGAAUCCCAUCCAUGGGGUCAGCGACGAUGCGAGUGGUGGCUGGUAACCCUGGAGUGUGGUUCUUGCAUUGUCACAUCGAAUGGCAUCUCGAAGUCGGACUGUCCGUCCAGUUUGUCGAAGCGCCUCUGCAGGCUCAGCAGCAUAACGGCGUCCCGCAGAAGUUGCUGGAUAACUGCAAAGCUCUGAAUAAUAUCCCCACGUCAAAAAAUGCAGCCGGUAUCGCCUCAGCCACUGACCUCCAUGGUCUUCCUUUGGGUCCUUACCCACAAAUUUUGGGGUGGCGACCGAGGGGUAUUGGCGCUAUGUUUAGGUGUGUCUUGACAGGAGUUCAGGGCAUGCUCAGCGUGGUUUGGUUUUUCCUUUGCGAGGAUCUGCUCAUGAACCUCUCGUUCCAUCUCCUCUUCCGUGACUCGCCCGCCAAGGGAGCCCGUUUUGUUUGGUCUUAUAAAACCUAA